AUGGCCCAUCAAUUAGGAAUCCCUUCCGGAAAGGUAAUUUCGAAUGAGCAGGUAGAGUUAGUAAUACGGAACGAUGACCAGAGCCAAGUUACUGAUACAUUGGAAUUGAUAAUAUUACAUAAUCUUUCAAAACUAUCCACAACUUUUACAUGUAUUGAAAUGUCCAAGAUUCCACUCAUAUUGGAAUUGAAUGCAUUACCCCAUAUCAGCGAGUUACUACUUAAAUACCAGGUUGAUAACGUGGAAAAGUUGAUGGAAAAGUUUUUGAUUAAAGCCAUUAUUAACAAAAAGAUCAAGGGCUCUAUUGAUCAAAUUGCAGGAGUAGUCAAUUUCGAACAUGAAAAAGUGGAAGCUAAAAUUGACUGGGAGUUGAAGGUUAGUGAUGUGUUGAAUGAAUUAGAUAAUUUAAGGGCACAUUUAGAGGCCAAGUGA